AUGGCUUGUCGGAGUGGCUGCUGCAGCUUUGGUCCACUGAAUGAAGACAAUGCAAGGUUUCUUCUGUUGGCACUGUUAAUAGUUCUUUAUCUUUUGAGCGGCGCCGCUGUCUUUUUAGCGCUGGAGCAUCCGAAAGAGGAACUGGCAAAGGAGCGAUGGGCGCAACGGUUUGAGCACUUCAGCCAAAAGUACGAUCUAAGUAAGAGGGACCUGGACAACUUUCUAAGGAACUAUGAGGAGGCAAAAAUUGCAGGUAUCCGGGUGGACCUCACUCGACCACGGUGGGAUUUCCCCGAUGUAUUCUACUUCGUCUUUACAGUGGUGUCAACACUAGGGUUUGGAAUGACAACACCUGCCACCAUUGGAGGAAAGGUAUUCCUCAUCUUAUACGAACUCAUAGGUUGUGCAGCCUCCAUUUUGUUCUUCAACCUUUUCCUGGAGCGUGUCAUCACUAUGAUCACCUUCGUCCUGAAGUUCUGCCACGAGCGCCGCCACCGCCACAAAGCUGUGCUCCCCCAGAACGAGCGCCCGCCCGAUGCCUUCAGCCGCCGUGGCCGCAACCUGGACAGCAUGGCUGGAUGGAAGCCCUCGGUGUACUGCGUCAUGCCCAUCCUGGGUGCAGUGGCCAUUUUGGUGUCCUGCUGUGCCACCGCCAUGUACUCAUCCGUAGAGGGCUGGGGCUACCUGGACGCCGUGUCCUUAUACUUUAAUGUCCUCUCCAUUGUCCUCAAGCAGGUGCUUUACUGCCUUAUGCAUGGGCUGGAAUUGCUGCGCAGGCGCUGCCCGACUGCCAGGGGUGCCCAGAACCCGCGGCGGAACGCAGUUUACCACGGCAGCCGCGACCCAUCCAUCGAGAUAGACGUCGUGAACGAGAGCGAGGCAGAUGGCCGGCGUAUGUCUGGGGAGAUGAUCUCCAUGAGGGACUUCCUGGCCGCCAACAAGGUCAACCUGGCCAUCAUGCAGAAGCAGCUGUCUGAGAUGGCUAACAGGCAUCCUAGACAGUCGGGGUCAGGCUCGCGGCACAAUGGCUUCUCUGGAGGGGUCGGCGCACUUGGGAUCAUGAACAACCGCCUGGCAGAAACAAGUGCGGAAACAGGAACAUAACAUAAUAAUAAGCCAGAACAGAAUCAGAUUACAUUUUGGGUUGAUGCAUCGACCCACAAGAGAACAAAUUCUAACUCUUUCUAAAGAUCUUUUUUCACCCACCCCUCACACUACAGCAGUCGUUCUCAAACCUUUUCUGUCAUUCCCCACUUUGAACAAGC